CCUUCUUCAAACCAACUACAGAAUGCCUAUAAUUCUUGCUUCCCCUUGUCUUCAUCGCAAAGAGUCAACGUUGACACGAUAGCUAAGCCCCACACCUGCUGGGCUGUAUGAGAGCUGCGUAUAGGACUUGGCUGUGCAUUCCCAGCCACUUGUUUACACAAAUUCAACAACUAGGAUAUUUCUAGCAUUCAUUGGACACGGCAAUAUCCUGAAGCUGCUAGGCAAGGUUCUGCUUUCUACCUCCGACGAUGAAUGGUUUUCCAGCAAAGUUUAUGCUGGUUAUUGCAGCACUAGUGUUGCUUCUCAUGGGGGAGUUCCAAGCAACAUGUGCUUUUCUUCGCGCUGAAGCUGAUCAAGGUAUUGUGAAGAGUACUUUGUCGCAUGUUGACUGUACAAGAGAUGGCUUGAGAAAGAUAAAUACUGGAAGAAAAGAAGGUAGCUUUGGAUCAUGUCAAACUGACAUUUUUGGCAAGAAAAUAGUGCCCAUCCGACGCAACCUAAGACCAUUGAAAGGGCCCAAGCCACCUUCUCCCACCAAAAACUUCCCUCCGCACUUCCGACGUCCUGAUCUGCCUCUUCCACCAUCACCACCUCCGCCAUCAUUCAACGAUACUUACUCUCCGGAAUCCUAAGUAAUGUUACACAGUACCGCAUCAUUUGGUAUACAAAUUUGAUGAAUAAAUUUAGUGCGUUUAGCAUUACUCAUCAUAUGUACUUAAUUAAUCUAUUCCCUAGGCAAGUAAUUGUAUUUUAACUUGUUGCCUCAUCUGCAAGUCCAUUAAUUUAGCACCAAAUUUAUACAAGUAUCUGUAAUAAAAAGUAUCGUCUAUAAAUCUUGCUUCCUCGUGC